GCCGGGCGGUACCGCGGGUCGCUCCGCCGCCGCUCAGCCGACGGUUCCGCCGAAGGCUCCGGGGGGUCCCACGGUUCCGACGGAGGGUCCGGGGGGUCCGACGGUUCCGACGGAGGGUCCAACAGUUCCGCCGAAGGCUCCGGGGGGUCCGACGGUUCCGACGGAGGGUCCGACAGUUCCGUCGAAGGCUCCGGGGGGUCCCACGGUUCCGACGGAGGUUCCGACGGUUCCGGCGGAGGGUCCGACGGUUCCGACGGAGGGUCCGACAGUUCCGUCGAAGGCUCCGGGGGGUCCCACGGUUCCGACGGAGGGUCCGACGGAGGGUCCGACAGUUCCGUCGAAGGCUCCGAUGGUUCCGACGGAGGGUCCGACGGUUGCGGCGGAGGGUCCGACGGUUCCGGCGGAGGGUCCGGCGCUGCAGCGGGCGGUGACCGCGGGCCGACUGCGGCUGACGCGGCUGCUGCUGGAGGGGGGGGCGUACAUCAACGAGGGCGACGCGCGGGGGCGGACGGCGCUGAUGGCCGCGUGCCGGGCGCGCUACGCCGACCCCGGCGAGAGGGCGCGGAUGGUGCGGUACCUCCUCCGCUGCGGGGCCGACCCCAACAUCGCCGACGCGGCCGGCAUGACGGCGCUGAUGCACGCGUGCGCCGAGCGGGCCGGGGCCGCGGUGGCCGCGCUGCUGCUGGAGCACGGAGCCGACCCCGGCGCCAGGGACUACGGCGGCUCCUCGGCGCUGCUGUACGCGGCGCAGCGCGGCGACCGCCCGACGCUGCAGGCGCUGCUGGACGCGUGCGAGGCGCGGGGCCGAGAAGUCAUCAUCAUCACCACGGCCACGUCGCCGUCGGGCACCAAAACCACGCGGCAGUACCUCCACGCGGCGCCGCCGUCCCCGGCGUCGUCGGCGUCGUCGUCUCCCGCCCCGUGCGCGUCCCCGUCGGACGUGGAGCUGCGCGCCGCCGGCGGCGAAACGGAGCGCGAGGAGCGCGUCUUCCGCUUCCCACCGCCGCCGCCGCCGCCGCCGCCCCCCCCCGUCGCCCCCCCGCCGCCCCCCCGAGCCCCGCGGCGGCCGCUGCAGCGCCUCAACUCGGAGCCGGGGGGGCUGCGGGCGGCGGGGGGCGCGGGGGGGCGGACGACGACGGAGGGGCUGCGGCCGUGCGCGCGCCCGCGGCGGCACAGCGCGGAGGGGCGCGACGCCGACGGGCCCGAAUCCCCCCCCCCCCGGAGACCCCCGGCCGCCCCCGCCGCCGCUCCGCGGGCCCCGACGUGCGGGCGCCGCGCCGCCCCCCCCCAUCUCCCCCGAGUCCCCCCCCGCUCCCCGCCGCCGCGCUCCCGGUUUGCUGCAGCGCCGCGGGUCGGGGCCGCUGCUCCUGGAGCCCCCCGGGCCGGGCAGAGCCCCCCCGCUGCUGCCCCCCCUGCUCGGCGCUCCCCCCCCGGCUCCGCCGUCGCCCAAAGGGCGCCGUCAACUGCGGCGCCGCCACUCCGUGCAGAGCGAGCAGACGUGGCGCAGCGCCGACGGCGGGGGGAGACCCUGAGGGACCCCACGGGGACCCCAACAAAACCCCACGGAGACCCCGUGGAGAACACACAGAGACACCACGGGACCCCAAAGCGACACCACGGGGACCCUGAAGUGACCCCAUGGAGAACCCCACAGAGACCCCGUGGAGAACCCACAGAGACACCACGGGACCCCAAAGUGACCCCACGGGACCCCACAGAGACACCACGGGACCCCAAAGUGGCACCAUGGGGACCCUGAAGUGACCCCAUGGAGAACCCCACAGAGACCCCGUGGAGAACACACAGAGACACCAUGGGACCCCAAAGUGACACCACGGGACUCCAAAGUGACACCAUGGAGACCCCACAGAGACCCCAUGGGGACCCCAUGGAGAACCCACAGUGACACCACGGGACUCCAAAGUGACCCCACGGGACCCCACAGAGACACCACAGGACCCCAAAGUGGCACCAUGGGGACCCUGAAGUGACCCCAUGGAGAACCCCACAGAGACCCCGUGGAGAACCCACAGGGACACCAUGGGACUCCAAAGUGACACCGCAGGAUACCAAAGCAUCACCAUGGGGACCUCACAGUGACCCCAUGGGGACCCCAACAAAACCCCACAGAGACCCCGUGGAGAACACACAGGGACACCACGGGGACCCCGAAGAAACCCCAUGGGGACCCCAAAGCGACAUCACGGGGAUCCCACAGAGACUCCAAAAAAACCCCAUUGAGACCCCAUGGAGAACCCACAGGGACACCUCGGGACCCCAAAAUGACACCACGGGACCCCAAAGUGACACCACGGGGAUCCCAGAGCGACACCACGGGGACCCCAAAGUGACAUCACGGGACCCCAAAAUGACACCACGGGACCCCAAAGUGACUCCACGGGACCCCACAGAGACCCCCCGAGGACUGCACGGGGAUCCCAUGGGGACCCCACAGUAACUCCGUGGGGAACCCACGAUGACCCCACAGUGACUCAGCAGAGAGCCCACGGGGACCCCACGGUGAUACCGCAAUGAUCCUACAGUGACCCCACGGGGACACCGCAGCGACCCCAUGAGGACCCCAUAAUGACCCCACGGGGUCCCCACAGUGACCCCCGCGAUAUCCCCACGGGGACCCCGCAGUUGACUUCGUGAAGACCCCAAAAUGACCCCACGGGGAUCCGACGGUGACCCCAUAGGGAUCUUAAAGUAACCCCACAGUGACCCCCCCGCGGACCCCACGAGUGACCCCGCAGCGCCCCGCUUGGGGUCACAGUGCGACCCACAGCGCCCCCUGGCGGUACGGCGGAGUGCGGCAGCGGGGCGGCAGACGCGGGGGGGGUCCGGCGGUGACACGGGGGGGG